AAACGUAGUGUGACGUCAUCAGCAGGCGCCAGGCCCCGAGCAGAUCUGGAACCUACGCCGGCACAAGUGUGGAUGUUUCUGCUCUAAACAGCAAAACACUGUCAGCCAUGUUGGUGCUGCGGUGCAUCAUGGGUAACCUGCGAGCAGGAGGAAGUCUCCUGUGGUGUCUCCCGAAGACCUGCGUGUCCACUCCCUGUCUGAGCUGGGAAACUGGUCAGAUUUGGCGUUGUGGACGUCCUCUUCAGCAGACGCGGUUCUGGUCUCAGGGUCCAGACCCGCCAGCCUCGCAGAAGCUGAAGCUGAGGACGCGGCUGCUGGUGACGCUGUUAGCGGGUGGCAGCCUGCUGGCGGCUGGCGGCUACGUGUACAUGGAGAAGCAGCAGCUGCUGCGGCAGCAGCGGGUGGAGCAGCUGCGGCAGGUGGCUCUGGGUCAGGGCACCUUCAGCCUGCUGGACCACACGGGCCAGCGCCGGACCAAGCAGGACUUCCUGGGCCGCUGGGUCCUGCUGUACUUCGGCUUCACACAUUGUCCGGACAUCUGUCCCGACGAGCUGGACAAAAUGAGCACUGUAGUGUCGGUUCUGGACCAGGACGCCUCGCUGCCGUCUGUCCAGCCUGUCUUCAUUACCGUGGACCCAGAGCGGGACGAUGUGCUGGCGCUGGCCCGCUACGUCAAAGACUUCCACCCCCGGCUGAUUGGACUGACGGGGACAGUGGAGGAGGUGAAGGAUGUAGGGCGGGACUACAGGGUGUACGCCAGCCCUGGACCCAAAGACGAGGAUGGAGACUACAUCGUGGACCACACCAUCCUGAUCUACCUGGUCAGUCCGGACGGGCUGUUCCUGGAUUAUUACAACCGGAUGAAGAGCCAGGACCAGAUCGUGGACAGUAUCCAGAACCACAUGAAGAACUAUGUUAGACUCUGAAAUCUGGACUUCAGGACGCUGUCUUCUCCUCUGGAGGAGGACCUGAUGUCUCCUCUUCCAGAGGAGCAGAUGCUCAGAUGGAUGCUUGUCUUUCCAAAGUGGUUUCAGACAUUAUUUCCAGUUUGUCUCUUCAGUUCUCAGAUUGACCAUGAGGUGAGGAGGAGGAUGAAGAUACUUCACAGACUAAUAAAGGUGUUUCUUUUGCUGCAGAAAAUCUGGUUUUAUGUCUGAAGUCAUGGAGACAGUUUGGACCAGUAUGUACGUAACUAUGUGCCAUUUCACUGCCCUCAUACUUGUCAUACAUCCUCUGUGUUAGCAUGUUAUUAGCCAACACAUCCACCAGAGUUCAGAGUUCACUUCCAAGUUCUGAAGUCAGUUUCAGACAAUAACAGACAUUUAGACGAUGGAGGAUCAUGAUGAUGUUCAUUCUCAAAGACAUAAAAGAAGGUAAUGCAUUGGACGGAGUUCUCAGAGGACAUCAAACACAUCACAGCUCAACACCAACAUACCCAUUUGCUACAAUGGGGGACACAUCUGUAAGGCCUGUUUAUGCUCUAGCUAAGGACGCAUAUGGAGUCCAUCUUCUGCGUCCUUUACGUGCGUAGUUUGGUCUGUUUUCGGGGCGUAUAUGGAUCUGUACUUAAUGUGACAUCAGUGAAAGCAGCUGUGAUGUAUUUAACAUCCUCUCAGACUGCCUCCGUCCACUUUCGCCUCCAUGUUGGUUUUUGUCUACAACUGACGUCAGAACUCAGAGGUGAAAUGGACAUAUUUACGUAGGCGAGGACUUGAACCUUGGUCCUCCAGUCCCAAGUCCACCUCUCGAUCCACUUGGACAGAAUAAAUCCAGGUUAUCACGACAGACAUGAACAUCCACUCAGCAUCUGCGCACGUGUGUGAUAAUGUGUAGAUAUGUGUGGGCUUUGGAACAUGUGCACAAAGUUAUGUACAUAUUAGAAUCCAGUCUACAGAUCAUGUAGCACACACACUGAGGUGAGAGACGUUACCGUAGCAAUGAGAACCAGAACUGGUGGUCUGCUGAAUGCAGGAGACACGUUCUAGCAGAUUCUGAUGAUGUCAUCAAUCCACUUUGGACCUGAUUUCUAAAGUUGCCUAAAGUCCCUAUUUUGUGUAGCUCAUAUUUUUAUUUUACCUCCAGAAGUUUAAAGAUAUUAAAGUUUAAAAUUCAUCCAAAGCUUCAACGUCUUUGGAUGGCAGCAGAUGAUUGAUUGGAAGUAGAAACAGUCAGGAAAAUAGAUCAAUCAGAGAAGUAGAAUCCUCUAAUAAAAGCCUCUCCCUCCAUCCUCCCUCCUCUGGUCAAUACGAUGGAUCUCUGUUAGACACCAGAUCAAUAAAACUAAAACAUCUAUGUUUCACACCAUUUCUGUUGGGGGAGGGUGGCAACUUCACUCGGGUAACAAAACCUUCUGAAACCAGGACCUGGACCAGACUGAGACUCAGACCCAAGGACUCCACAUGCAGUUUUAUUAGAAAAAAAGUUCAUGAUUCAGAGAGUUCAGCU